GCUUCGAAACAUUUUACCUUACUGGCCUUUGUUGAUGAAAAGUUAAAGCGAGAGGCCCGCUGAGACGACUGCGUGAUUUUGUAUAGCCGACUUUCUUUCAGCCGAUAGACUUGGUCGGGGAGCCGUAAUUGAAAAGGCCGACAUGACGGAAUCCGCCGAAGCUGUGGCCGCUGAAGUGAGCAGCAGGAGGAGCGUGACCAUUGAGAUCAUCAAUUUGACCAACAAUUACUGCCUCAUUAACCCCAAGGUCUACCUGGAGAACGGCGAGGUGUACAACCCGCCUCAGCCCACGGUGCGACCCCUGAAGACUGAAGUGUGCACCUUCACCAAGUCCAGCAGCAAAGCCACGGGCAGCGUGGGCGUCCUCACCUACGACCUCUUCGAGAGGUCUCAGAAGGAUUUCAUCGAGACGGUGGCCAUCAUGUUCUCCGUGCCGUGGGACUACAACCUGUACAAGAACUGGUUCGCCGUGGGCAUCUACAAGAAGGGCCGCGAAUGCAACAAGGACUUGUUCAAGGAGAUGUACAACGAGAAGAAGCAGCGAGAGCACGGCUUUACCCGUGAGGAGGCCACGGGCAUGGGGAUCAACUACGUGGGCAGUUACCUGGAUGUCAAAGCCAGCAUGGGCCCGCUGGGCAAAGCCAUCAUGAAGGUGGAAUUGUGGGAUAAGCUCUUCACAUCCAACUAGGCAGCCGCCGUCUUCGUCAAUCAACCGACGUAUUUUGUAUCUGUAUGGCGGCCUCCUUCCCUUCAAUAAAUCUGCUUAAGAUCAGA